AUGGCCUCAGUGGGUGGCAAAUAUGAAGAGCUUACCCGACCGCACCUAGUCAACCCUCGAGAUACAAUGACUCCAAUGUACUCAACGGUAUUUGGAAACCUACUAGCAAGCCCUAGUGAGCUUGACGCGGCGUAUUGGCGCCGAAGCUUGGAAUCACCUGUCCUGUUCUCAACCGCUUUCCGGGCUUUGGCCUCAUCCACACAUGACAAUCAUCAAGUUGUGAUAGAGAUCGGAUCGAAUUCAGCACUUAGAGGGCCAAUACAGCAGAUACUCCGUUCAAUCAACAUGAGCUUCACGUACUGUGCGACCAUGAGAAGCAACGAAAGUAACCUUUCUCGCGUCCUCUCUGUCGCUGGCACAGCUUAUGUCAACCAUUUACCCGUCGACCUCAUCGCUGUCAAUGAAGGCUAUCAAGGUGAAACUCUCACCGACCUUCCUCCGUACCCAUGGCAGCGCGAAGAUAUUCCCUGGGCAGAAACUCGAAUUAGUAAACAGUGGCGCUUGCGCCAAUUUCCACGCCAUGAACUCCUCGGGGCGCGAUGCUUGGAAUCCAAUGACUUCGAGCCUGCAUGGCGGAAUAUUCUCAAGGGUGAGGAGGUCCUGUGGAUCAACCACCAUCGCAUGAUGGGCUAUAUUGUGUUUCCAGCCGUUGGAUACAUAGCAUUGGCAUCGGAAGCUAUACGUCAGAUAACGGGCUCAAGUAUCUCUACACUAGAGCAAGUUAUGUUCAUGGAGGCCCUGGUCCGAGACGAAGAGGACAUUGAAAUCAUGACGACAAUGCGGAAGACCACAAUGAAUGCAACUAUGGACUCUGACUGGUAUGAGUUUACGGUUUGUUCCUAUAACGGUCAAGGAUGGACCAAGCAUUGCUCCGGGAGGGUGAGGGGAGGCACGGACCAGCCCCUUCCAUCAAACACGAUUUCUGAGCCAUUCGCUCGACAGAUUUCGUCAUACAGAUGGUAUCGCAGGUGUGAGAAAAAGGGACUCGAAUAUGGCUCCCGUUUUGAAGGUCUGCAAGAUAUCACCGCCAGCCCACUAAGGAAUGCAGCCCGUGGGCGAGUGGAGGAUGAUCGCGAGCUCCACGACAGUUACUACGCAAUACAUCCAACGAUCGUGGACCAAUGCCUUCAAGUAAUGGUGAUUGCCAGUGACAAAGGCGUCUCGCACUAUCCUGACAAGGCAGGCAUGCCGUUGUACAUCGACCGGGUUUACCUGGCCCCAGGAAGCAGCUCGAUGCUAGUCGAGGCGACGACGACUGAUCCAACAAAAGAGAGCCUAAGUGGGUAUUUCAAGGUGGUUUCUGAGGCAACUAGUGACGUGGUCUUGGAGAUGAAGGGUCUGCGCUUAUUGCCUGCACCAGAAGCUGUAUUGGAGUCGAAAGGAUCAAAGCUUGCAACUCAUCUCCAGUGGAAACCGGACAUUAGGUUUAUGUCGGCGACCCAACAAGUACCAACACCUGUGGGCCUAGAUCAACAGAAAACCCAGACAUUGGCUAUAGCGGGGAUCCUUCUCAUAUUUGCAAUGAUGGAGGCUCUGGAGCCUCAUGACGAGCUACCUCCGUACAUGGCGAGCUAUAAAAAACUCAGUAUCGGCAUAGGCAGGACGAUACUCCAAGGGAAGUAUGACCAUAUCCCUGGUAUUGGAACGGUGAAAAGCAUGGACAGGGAGCAGCGGACCGUUUUGUUCAGAUCCUUGCAAGGACAGUUCCCCGAACACAGGGUUGAACGAUGCUAUAAUGAUGCCUGGCGGUAUGCGAGUGAGCAUCCGGAAAAAUUGAUAAAUGGGGGGGUCUAUGAGGAUACCUCCCUCAUAGAGACCAUCAAGGGCAUUGUCGAGUGGAGCCUUGAACUAUACAAUUGGAAAGGUUUCCUGGGUCCACUAGCUCAUGCGAAUCCUGGUCUACGUGUCCUUGAAGUUGGAGCCGGGGCAGGUUCAGCAACAGUGAAUAUCUUGGACGCAUUGACCACUGAACACGGUGAUCGUCUGUUCGGUCAAUACACAGUCACCGACACUGUACCUGCGUUUGUGAAACAACUGGAAGAGCGUUUUGAAGGCGUGCCAAAGCUGGAGUAUAAAAGACUGGAUAUUACGAAGAGUGCAACAGAUCAGGGCUUCACAGAGGAGAGUUACGAUUUAGUGGUUGUGUGCAAUGUCCUAUAUGAGACACCUAUCCUCUGUCAGUCAUUGGCGCACAUCCGAUCCUUACUUGCGCCUGGAGGGCGAUUGCUCCUGUACGAGCCUUGCUCAGAGCUUCCACAUUUUGAUAUUGUCAUGGGACUUCUUCCGAAUUGGUGGCUAGGCGUGGGCGACAAUCAGGUUGAUAAGCCUCACGUUUCCGUGGAGCGUUGGGAGCAGGAGUUAGUCCAGGCAGGAUUUUCUGGCCUUGAUGGGUUCCAUUACAAUGCGCCUGCACCAUUUUACUGGCAGGCACUGAUGCUAUCAACAAAUCCAGCGGUCAAUACCCCGCGAGAAUCCAUGAACCUACUCUGCACUUCAGAGACAAGAUACCAGACAUGGAUGCAGAGCCUGGCGGUCUGCCUGUCCUCCGACGGCUAUGAUGUACAUUGGUGUACCUUUGAAGAAGAUCUCCCGACCGAAAACGUCAUUGCAGUACUCGACUUUGACAGACCAUUCUUAUAUGACAUAUCCCAAGCUACUUACACUAAGAUCCAGAGCUGGUUGGCCUCGGUGAAACGUCUCCUCUGGGUGACGCAUUCAAUGCAGAUUGAAUGCAAGGAUCCCCGGUACUGUCUGAUCCUGGGGCUCACUCGCACAUUGCGGUAUGAGCUGAAUGUCGACGUUGGCACUUGUGAGAUUGACUUGUUUGAGGAGGCUGCUCAUCCGGUGGUAAUGCAAGCGUACAGACAGCUUGGUACACCGAUCGGAGGACAGACGAUUCGCGAUUUCGAAUUCAUUCUGCAUCGGGGUGUAGGCCACACUGGUCGUGCAGCCAUCACCAAGGUUACAGACCAUCUCCAUUCCACAGACCAGCAACGGUCUUAUCAAUUAGACAUUCAAACUAUUGGUGACUUCAGCUCACUUGGGUGGAGACCCGUUUCUCUGGAGGAAGUUGGUCCACACGACGUCGAAGUCAAGGCCAGCUAUUUGGCGCUCAACUUCAAGGAUCUGAUGAUGGCUUUGGGCAUCGUGGAGCGAACGAAGACAAUGGAUUUUUGUUUUGAGGGGAGUGGUAUUGUCACUCGCGUGGGAUCGGAGGUGACAACAAUACAAGUCGGCGAUUCAGUGGCCUCUUUUCAUCCCCAGCCGAUGAGAAGCCUUGCUGUCUUGCCAGCUGAUGGGGUGGUCCGCCCUCCCAAGGGUGUCUCGCUAGCAGAAGCCGCAGCUGUUCCCAGUGCUUAUGGAACCGCUAUAUGUACACUGUUAGGUAUCGGGAAAUUGCAAAAGGGUCAGUCCGUUCUGGUUCAUUCCGCGUGUGGUGCAGUCGGACUGGCAGCAGUGCAUGUCUGCCAGAGCGUCGGUGCCGAGGUAUGUCAAACCAUUUAG